AUGAGAGUGACUGGUAUCAAACUUGUAGCGCUCGAUCCGAGCAAGAUUCGUCGUGUGGCUGUGAUUGGGGCCGGUCCAGUUGGAUCGGGGCUCACAAAGGCUCUUUUGAAUGAGAAGCAUUUUGAUGAGGUUAAAGUGUAUGAGAAAAGAUCAACGUUUGGUGGGUUGUGGAACUAUACGAAGCCAUCAUUGAAGCAGGCGAAUGCAACUUCUUGCCCUGAGGUACCUUGUGAAAAUCCUAGAGUGAGACUACAGCCUCAGAAUGGUGGUUCAGACGCGUCUUCUCCUUUGUUCCAAACUGCAGUUUACAAGUACUUGGACACCAACGUUCCAAAGAUUUUGAUGGAAUACAAGGGCCACAAGUUCCCUCCAGGAACUCCAUUGUUCCCAUUGAGGGAGCAGGUGCUCGACUAUAUUGUGAAGUACUCGAAGCCAAUUGAGAAGUAUGUGAGUUUCAACUCCGAAGUUGUGAAGGUGUCUUACGACGAUGAAACCAGCAAGUAUUUGGUGAAGACUUUGAACUUGCUCAACAACAAUGUUACUGAGGAGAAAUUUGAUGCAGUUUCUGUGGCCACAGGGUUUUAUGACUUACCAUUUAUUCCUUCUAGGCCAGGUUUGAAGGAAUGGCAUGUCGCUUACCCUUCAUCUGUUUCUCACGCCAAGGAUUUCGAUUGCCCAGAGGAUUUCAAAGAUGUUCAAGGCGAAAUUUUGAUUGUGGGAAACAGUGCUUCUGCAUCUGAUCUUGCAUUCGAGCUUGCUUUACACUUGCAGAGACCUGUAUACAAGUCUAAGAGAUCCGAAAAUAAGUUGCCAGCCCCAUUUGACCCUAACAUCAAAGACGUUCCUGAUAUCAAACAGUUCAACCCGGAAACGAAGACAGUAUCGUUCGUAGACGGCACAGAGUUGAAGAACGUGGAAAAGGUGAUUUUCUGUACUGGAUACUUGAAAUCUUUGCCCUUCCUACCAACGAAAGAUGAACCAGGCGUUGGAAACUCUAUUUUAAGCGGGUUAAUUGGCGACGGUAGAAGAGUACAGAACUUGUACAACCACAUUUUGCCCAUCUCUUUGCCAACAUUCGGUAUCAUUGGCCUCCCAAGAUUUGUCUUGCCAACAAGAUUGUCCGAAACGCAAGGUGCAUGGCUAAGCAGAGUGUGGUCCGGAAGAAUUCAACUACCUUCGGAAGAGAUCCAACAAAAAUACCAUGAUUGGUUUGUUGAGCAAAGCGGCGAAGGUAACAAGCACCACGACUUGAAUUUCCCAUGGGAUGUUCAAUAUUCACAGAGACUAAACAGAGAGAUCAGACAUGCUGGAAAUGGUGGCUAUUUUGGUGUGGAAUGGAGGGGUGACCAAAUUAAGGCCAGAUCUUCCAUCAAAGCUUUGAAAGAAGGUUACACAGCUCAUUUCAAGGCAACUGGAAAGAGAGCAGAAUCAAUUGAGGAACUGAUUGAAAGCGGUUAUUUCAAGUGGCCCGAAGAUGCAAAAUCUUGCGUUCAAGUUCCAACUUUUGUACCUUAG